CAUGAGCUCUUGAGGCCUGAGGCAACGACACCCAGUGACUUCAGGCGCCAACGUCACUCAUUCCUCGUCCACCUCCGAAGCUCACUCCUCUCUCCGAUCUCUGCCAAUGGGGCUGUCAUCUGUGAACUGCCUCUAAUUCUUUCGCCCGGACUGCACGCUGCUACUUUCCAACUGAACCCCUCCUACUUCGUCGAACCGCGCAGCUUCGGCGACUCCACAAUCAUGGCGGCUGGACUCAAGACCAUCAUCGCGCUCUCGUUUGUGCUUGCGAUCGGUUUCUUACUCGUUAUUCUUUCCUCCGCCCUCUGGCACAAAUACUGGCCCCUGUUGGUCGUUGCUAUCUAUAUCGUUGCGCCGCUCCCCAAUUGGAUCUGCGGGCGAUGCGCGAACCCAGAUGAUUUCAUGGACAGCUCGAGCAACUCAGCUAUGGACUUUGGGCGGUUCAUGACAGGGUUCCUGGUCUUGACUGGUAUCGCACUCCCCGCCAUCCUGGCACACAGCGGAGCGAUCGAGAUUCCAGCCAUGAUCAUGUCUAUCCUUGGCGGUCUGUUGAUUUAUGGCACCAUCAUCAGCUUCUCGAUGUUUUUCCAGGAACAGGAAGAGUUCUGA